ACAUGCGCCACCUGUAACCGCCCAUCAACGCUACUGACUAUCCCGGCGCCGCUCACCCCCUCUACGCCGGUGUAAUUUCUGCCUUCGCUUUCAAAUCCCCACCGCCAAAGCCGUCAUAAUGACGCCGUCCUCAGGCGGGUCCCUGGCGGACGCGAUUCCCCGCGUCGACCUAAACAAGCUCACUCAGUCCGAGCUGCUCGCGCUCUCCCUCUGCUCCUGCUCCGCCUUCGAUACUCGCCGCACCGAAGACCUCGUCCUCCCUCAAGUUGACCGCUCCCUCUUCAAUAAAUCCGCCGGCAGCAAGCGCCAGACCUACUCCCGCCUCGGCCGUCACCACCACCGCACCCACCGCUCCGCUCCCGCUUCCAGCCCCAAACCCAUUUCCUCCGCCGACCCUGCCAACCGCGCUGUAGUACAUUACCUCAAAUGCCUUUUGCAAAAUCCCAAUUCCAGCUCUCCGCCACCUCCUCCGUCUUCUCUCCCUACGCAGCCGUGUGGCCAGAGUAUUGAGCAAAGGACCGAUCUUCUGGCGCAUGCAGGGAACGGGAAGAGUAAAAAAGGAGCCAAGGCUGAUGUCUAUGUGAAGAAGAGGUCACGGGCGGGUGGGGUUGAGGGUGAUUUGGAGCUGGUGAAUAAGAACAGUGUUGUGGUUGAUUUUGAGACAUUGGAGGAUAAAGGGGAUGUAGUGUUUAAUGAGGAAUUGAGGAGUAGAACUGUUGGACUGGAGAGCGAGGAGGAGGUUUUGGGAUUUGUGAGGAGCUUGGAGGGGCAAUGGUGUAGCAGGAGGAUGAAAAGGAAAUACGUUGAUGCUAGUGAUUUUGGGGACACUUUGCCAGUUGGUUGGAAGCUUUUGAUAGCCCUUAGAAGAAGGGAUGGUCAUGUCUCUCUUUAUUGUCGCAGAUACGUGAGCCCUAGCGGUCAACAGUUUCUGUCAUGCAAAGAGGUAGCGGCCUUCUUGCGCUCCCACCUUAUGUCGAUGGAUGCAAACCAACUCAAAGACCACAUACCAUCACCCAUUAUGCGGCUUACUGGUUCAAACUCUGAAAAGAAUGUAGGUUCUCUCCAUGGUCAUGUUUCUAGCAACCUUGACUUAGUUCUCCAUUCAAAUCUAUCUGCGAAUGAACUUUUCCUAUCAGGGAUUGAUAAUCUUCCCGAUGUUCAAGUUAAAGACCUCUUUGAGUGUUAUAAUUGCAACCUGACAUUUCAGGAAAAAGGUCCAUAUUUUGAGCACCUGUUAUCGUUUCACCAGCAUACCACAAAGAGGAUUAGGGUCGUGCCGCCUGUUAGUGAGGGCGUUAUAAUUAAAGAAGACGGAAAGUAUGAAUGUCAGUUCUGCCACAAGGUAUUUGAAGAGAGGCAUCGUUACAAUGGUCAUGUAGGAGUCCAUGUGAGAAGCAACGGUAAAGGUUUUGAAGGAUUAUAUGUGCAGAAAAGUGUUGACACCCUAACCCUCCAUAAUGGGUUUCCUUCAAUAACCCCUAAAAUAGAUGCAUUAAAGGAAAUUGCUCAUAAUUCCAUGAACUCCUUACCUGUUAUUGUAAACUCAAAUGAAGCAGUAGCUGCAAAUACUGGCAAAGAUAUUGAUCCAAUAAUGAAUCCGAGAGAGGUGGAGUUGAUCGAUGUCAAUAAUGAAAAAACAUUGGACUGUGAAUUAAAUCAGAAUGAUAAAGAAAACCAGCGGGCAGUUAAAGAAAUUGUUAAGACUUGUGAAACACAGGUUACUAAGGUUAAUUUGAUUGAAGCUUCAAAAACUUACUGUGAGCCCCCUGAGGUGAGCAAUAUGCAAACAUGUGACCCUCCAGAGAAUGAUGCACGCGUUGGUGGAAACAGGCAGAGUGAGGCAAAUAAUUGUAAUGCUGUACCAGAGACCAAUGAGAUGACUCUUGAGGAAAACGUUUUCCAGGAAGGGGUAACAGAUUCAUCCAUGGCUAUUUCAGACACAUUAAACUACUUCCAUACCUUCACAGAUAAGGCAAAUAAGGAACAGGAUGAGUUUUGUGUGUUGAAGAUUGAGAAUGAAAUGAGCUUCGAGGAGCUGACAUUUGAUGAUAUAGAGCCAUUUAAAUAUGAUUUUUCCGAGGAUCAUAAUGGGUGUGGGAUGGAAGCGGCUUUUAACACCACCUCCUCCCUUGGAUUUGGUUCAGGGGAACCAACAGUCUUAAUAAGCAGGGGCAACACAAACCAGCUUACAACCGUGUGCGUGUGGUGCAGAUCAGAGUUCAGUUUGGAAGCUUUUGAAUCAGAAAGUCAGUCGGACUCUAUUGGAUAUAUGUGUCCAGAAUGCAAGACCAAAAUAUCUGGGCACUUGGACAAUGGUCUUUCGUUGACUUCUCAUGACUUUUGAUCUAUCUGCUGUUCACACAUGCAUAACCACCUUCAAUUCUUGAGUGUGCUGUAUUUUGCAAUGGACUCCUUUUCUAAGGUGAGACUCUGACCAUAUAUGUAUAAGCAUGCGUGACUAUACCUGAGCGCCAUCCAGAAAAUGUGGGAAUACUUACAUCUUCAUAGUGUGCAUUACGUAGUAUUAGGGCUGUCAAAGGUAGCAGAAUAGGCUAUUUUUAGGUAAGUGGUUGAUGUAAUCAGACCAAUAUACAGAAGAGGAUAUGUAAAUAUAUACGAGUACUAUCUAUGUAUUUGCAACACCUCAUGGUUUAGCUUGAUGUUUGUAGAACUAUUAUUAUUAUGCUAUAUUAUUGUUCUGAUUAUUAUAAUUAUUAAGAAUUCCAUGUAUAUUACUAGUUUAAACCUAGUGGACAAAAAC